AUGCUCAAGCUAGCCUCAACCUUUCUUAGCCAUGGUUUCGAGCCAGUGAUGGUCACGCCAGAAUUCAUCCACCAUAGGAUCAUAUCAAACAUCGAUUCUAAGUCCAAUAAUUCAUGCAUUUCAAUACCAGAUGGGUUGGAAAUGGACAAGCCUCGUGACUUCUUUGCUAUUGAGAAGGCUAUGGAAUUCAACAUGCCAAUUCACUUGGAGGGUCUAGUUCAGAAAUUCAAUGAAGAUGGUGAAGUGGUGGCGUGCAUGAUUUUUGAUUUAUUAGCAUCGUGGGCUAUUGAAGUUGGCCAUGUAUGUGGGGUUCCGGUGGCUGGAUUUUGGCCAGCCAUGCUUGCCACAUACCAGUUGAUUGCGGCCAUCCCUGACAUGGUUAGAAUCGGCCUUAUUUCUGAUGCUGCUUAA